CCACGCAGCUCUCGGCGACGACUCAGUCUGGACAUCCGCAACCUCUCGCCCGAGCCGUCCAAAGGCGGCGCGUCACGUCUCAAGAAGAGUCGAUCGGCAUCGGCAUCGUCGCAUCGCCCACUCAGGCCCGACGCGGUAGACGAGCUGGUGGAUUCGUAUCUGAGUGAGAACAUGGCUGGGCCGGUGGACCCAGAGGACGACAAGCAGCAUGCGAUGAAUGUCAGGCGGGCAAAGAAGAUGAUGCAGCUCUUCGGCGACAAGCCACCAAAGGAGCUCUUCCAGAUUCGCUCACACAGGAUGCGGGACGAUACAAUCGACACCAUCUCCAUCCUCACGACCGUCUCUGAGAACCGCCGCGACUCGCGGGCUACCUUCACCUCUGUCACCUCUAGCAUCAGCAUUCAUCGACGACUCCGAGACUCCCUCCAGUCGUCCAACUCCGAUCCGCCGUCGCCCCUGGUCUUCAGUGGUAAUUCGAGUGAGUCUCGACACGGUACCCCAGAGGAGGCGAAGGAUAGCGACCCCGUUGAAGCCCAGCCGAAAGCGGAGCCCGAACCACAGGUAGAGACAGAGACAGAGACAGCGCCUCCCGUACCAGAGCAGGACACGGCUGGCCCAGCGGACACCACAAUGUCUCCCCGACGUCCCUCCGUACAUUCGCGCCCCGGCACGCCCUCUCCGCGCGCGUCCGACCCGCGAGCCCGCCCGACCCUCGCCUCCCUCGACCUCGUAGCCGCUGGCUCGUACUCGCAUUCGCGGAGCCACUCCCGCACCCACUCUCGCAACCACUCGCUGCACUCGCAGAGGCCGCUCUCCCCCGAGCCGCUCCCGCCCCUGCCCACGAGCCCGCGCUCGCCCAUCUCCGGCGCGCCCUUCUCCGACCUCGUCCCCUCCCAGCCGCCCGUGCCCACGAACGACGCAGGCGUAGACCCCGAGCAGGCCGAGCGCGAACGCGAGGGCCAAGACACAGUGGGCGCACCCCCCGAGAACUUCCGGGCGCGCCGCAUCCGCGCGGCGAAGCUCUCGCGCUUCUUCGGCGUCGCGCCGCACGACCUCACGGGCGUGCUCGCGAGCGCCCCGCCCGCGUCGCCGACGCUCUCGGUCGGGCCGUACUCCCUCGCGCGCGGCGUGCACGAGGGCCGCCCGAAGACGCCCAGGCAAGACAUGUCGUCGUCGUUCGAGCACUCCGGGGCGAUGUCGAGCACGCCGUCGCUGCCGUCGCACGCCCAAUCCGAACGCUCAAAGUCGCGUGAACGGCCGAGAUCACGGUGGAGGUCGCGGCGGAAGUCCCGCGUCCGUUCAGGCUCGGGCGAGAAAAGAGGCCUGCGCAGGAGCUCGAUAUGGAAGCGGUCCUCAAUCAACUACGGAGGAUGAGGUGAUCGACGCAAUAUGCUUCAUCUCAACUCCUCUAACGACUGGCGCCGCUUCGCCAUAUUGGUGGGUGGCCGUACGAAACUUCACGAUGGCUAUAUGCGGGUAUUCGUUGAAUCUUUCGUGUUCAUUUUCGCGCUCAAUUGGUCGUUUGACGGAUCGCCGUCUGCAAUCACCGUUCAGUUGCUUAUCCUAUCAUUGACCACAGAUUACAUAUUGCGCUUCGAUCUACGCACGGUGUAAUUGCUGUUAGUA